UCUCAAAAUAUUUAUACCAAAUUUUCUCUUCUAUUUCCAAUAACCCAAAGAGUAAACUUAAUUAAGAGUGCAAAACAAUAGUUUAGAAUAUAUAUCAAGAGAGAAGUUGAACCUUUAUUUAUUUUUAUUUUGGUUUGUUUGGUGAGAAAGACAACAUACAAGAUGACAAUGGAAGCUGUGGCAGUGGCGGUGGCACCCCAGCCAGCAACAAACAACACUGAAACACAGAAGAAAAAUAGGAUUCAAGUUUCUAACACCAAGAAACCCCUCUUCUUUUAUGUCAAUCUUGCCAAGAGGUAUAUUCAACAGCAUAAUGAGGUUGAACUGUCUGCUUUGGGCAUGGCAAUCACCACAGUAGUUACAGUUGCUGAGAUUCUGAAGAACAAUGGAUUUGCAACUGAGAAGAAGGUUUUAACAUCCACAGUUGGAAUGAAAGACGAAGCAAAAGGCCGCAUGGUUCAGAAAGCGAGGAUUGAGAUCGUGCUGGGAAAAACCGAAAAGUUCGACAAGUUAAUGGCACCGAACAACAACAAUAAUGCAGCAGCGGCAACUGAAGCAGCGGAACAAGCACCAAACAAGAACGAGAACAACCUCGUCGUCAAGGAGGAAAACAAGCAGCAGUAGCACCAUAUUUCUAUGCCCAAAAACUCAUACUUACUGUAUCUCAGUCUGGAUAUGAGUAUACUAUACUAUUCUUCUGCUAUUACAAAUUUUAUUUGCUAUAAGAGAUAAAGACAUAUAUAAAUAUAUAUAUAUAUAUAUAGUGCAAAGCCACAACAAGGGCGACCCCUCCCCCCCGGUUGCCGGGGCUGUAGGUGCACCUCACUAGUUUUUUGUAUCAUUUUUGCAGUUUCUUUUUCAGACUUGUAUCUUUUCAAGAUACAGCACAUAUAUAAUAUUGUGUUUUAUUUUUUUUUUUGGUUAGUAGAAAUUCGUUGUUUUCUUUGCUAUUUCUCCAAAUUAGAACAGAUCCAAACCUUUUUUUUUUUUUUUUUUUUUUUUUUGUAUUUUCUCAGAAUAUUUACACAAAUGAAAAUCAUGGAUUAAAAAAAAAAAAAAAGUAUGAUUUACAAUUGUAAACCAUUAUAGUGUGAGCUUACUCAAAAGUUCCCGCCC